AACAACUCUCUCCACCACAACCGUCAUUCUCUUUUUCUUGUUCAUCAACCUCGAUCGUCAUGAAUUCAUCAGUAAUAGGAAUUGAUUUAGGUACUACUGAUUCAAGAAUUGCAAUCUGCAGAAAUGGUGCUUUUCAAGUACUUCCAUCGAUACCAUCUUUCAUUGCUUUUCGUGGUGAUCUUUCAGAGCCACUCUUUGGAGAUGAAGCAAAGAAACAGAUAAUUUCUUUCUUUUUAAGAAACCUUAAGAAAAUUGCUGAAGAAAAUUUUGAAAUCGGAGGUGAAGAAGAAUAUGUGGAUUGUGUAAUAAGUGUUCCGAGUGUUUUCAACGAUUUGCAAAGGAGAUCACUAAGAUAUGCAGCUAAACUAGCAGGUCUGAAUAUCCUUAGGCUAUUGAAUGAAACAUCCGCAGCUGCAAUUAACUAUGCUGUUCUCAAGGGAAUUGAACAACUGGAUCUCAACAAAUUAGAUGAUCAUCAGCAGCUUCAGAAGAGACAAAGAAUUGAUGGUGAAGAAAAAAUUAUGGUUUUUGAUCUUGGUGGGGGGUCAUUGAGUGUUGCCAUCAUACGGGUAAAGGAAGAGGAUAAUGUGAAGAAGUUGAUAGUUAAAUCUCAAGCAGGGUACACUCAUCUCGGCGGAAAGGAUGUCGACGAUCUCAUCAUCCUUCAUUGUCUCAACAAAUUCUCUGAAAAGAACCAAGGUAUUUUUCGGCAUACAUUUACAGAGUUAGACCGAAAGAAAGAUAGUGCUAAGCAUCUUGCAAGUUCUCUAAGUAGAUUGAGAUUGGAAUGCGAGAGAGCCAAGAUUGCUCUCUCUUCCAGAGGUCAAGGGGAAGAGACAAUCCAAGUCGACUCAUUCCACGAUACCAAGAAUUUGGUUUGCACUCUUUCUUUCAAUGAAUUUCAAUACAUAACACGGGAUUUGUACACCAAAUGCAAGACGGCAACUGUUCAAUGCAUUAAGGAUGCAAACCUAAAGGAUGCAUAUAGUGUUGAUAAGGUGAUUGCUCUUGGACGAUCGACUGAACUUCCAGGGAUUAAGCACCUAUUGGAGUCUAUGUUUAGUGGAAUUGUCAAGUUUCAAGGAACUGAUGCUGCUGUUGUUCGUGGAGCAGCGACUCAAGCUUCUCUUUUGAGUGGAAACGGCAUGAUUCAUAGAGUUACCAAAAACUCCGUCUUGGAUGUGAUUCCAGUUGAUAUUGCGAUUGAACUUGCUUCGGGAAAGAAAACCUUAAUCAAGCGAAACACCACGUUACCAGCGCAAGUAGAUCAUCUUUUUACUACAUCUGAGGAGAAACAAACAACUGCUGUUCUUCGGGUAUAUGAAAAAGGUUGGGAUCAGUAUUAUAAUUUCCUUGGUAAUUUUGAAAUUAGCAAAAUACCACCAGCUAAAAAAGGAUGGCCAAAGAUGAAGGCAACGUUAAUGAUAGAUCGUGAUGGAAUUUUAGGUGGAACUGCAUUUGAUUCUCUGGAUCCAUCUACACGCAGUCCAAUUCCUGUUGCUUUCCCUGAUCCAUUUGCAUACACUCCAGGAUAUAGAGCAUAUAAAUGUUCUGUAACUAUAGAGAAGGGAAAUCUUUCGACUGACGACAUCGAAGUACUGAGGCAGAGGAAUAGUGCUGAUAUGUACUGAGCUUUUUAAAGUCCCCUAGCAGUGUCUGUUCCUUCAUUUGGGUUCCUUACUCUUUUGUUUGCUUUUCUUAAUCUGUCUUCACUAUGUUUGCGAAACG